CAGUAUGCUGCCAACAUCUGCGCAGGGUUGACGUCCUGUGCCCGUCGCCAUAUUGCUUCGUUUUUCCCGCGUUUCCAUCAUUUUCAUCAGCUUCAAGUUUAGAAAUAAUUAGUGUCCUUAUGAAGGAAGUAAAUUUAUAUCUUCUUUGGGAGCUGACAAAUAAUAGGUACUUUCAGGAUAACAAUUUUUACAGAAUACUAGAACGGUUAACCCGAGAAUGAAACGCAAUGAGUCGUCUAGAAGCGUCACGUCAAGGUACUCGGGUCGCCGAGGCUCGCAGCGGCCGGCGCUGACCCUCAGCUUCCGCCAGAAUUCGCUUACCAUCAGCUCGCUUGCUCAACAGUCUGCAUUUCUAACAGAAAGAGCGCUUAAGGAAGAAGGAGCGGAUCCUAAUAGUCAAACAGACGCAGUUUCUUGGUUUAGUCUAUUUAGAUUUGCUAAGCCAUGGGAGUUCGUUCUGCUAUUCCUGGGUGUGAUAUUCGCCUCGCUGAACGGUCUCUUCGUGCCCGUCGGCGUCAUCAUCUACGGCGAAUUCACAUCGCUGCUUAUAGACCGGACCGUUAUGAAUGGAACUUCAACGCCAACGCUCACUAUUGCGUGGUUUGGCGGGGGCAGGAUACUUACAAACGCAAGCCGAGAAGAGAAUCGUCAAGCCCUGAUCGAAGACUCGCAGGCGUUUGGCAUCGGUUGCACGGUGUUCUCCGUGCUGCAGUUCCUUGUGGGGGUCAUCAGUGUCGAUCUUUUUAAUUAUGCCGCACUUAAACAGAUCGACAGAGUAAAAGAAAAAUUUUUACAAGCCGUACUGCGUCAGGAUAUCACGUGGUAUGACCUGAACACUUCGAUGAAUUUCGCAACUAAAGUUUCAGAUGACGUGGAAAAAUAUCGCGAAGGGAUCGGUGAGAAGAUACCGAUGCUGAUCUAUCUCGUGAUGUCGUUUGUUACCGCGGUCAUCAUAUCGUGCGUCUACGGCUGGGAGCUGACGCUCGUCAUUCUCUCCUGUGCGCCGAUCAUUAUCGCCACUACGGCUAUCGUGGCUAAGGUUCAAUCGUCGUUGACGUCACAAGAACUGAAGGCGUACAGCGUCGCCGGCGUCAUCGCGGAGGAAGUUCUCUCUUCCAUCCGAACCGUGGUCGCCUUUGGGGGGGAAGAAAAAGAGAUUGAUAGAUAUCAAAAACGUCUCGAUCCAGCUAAGAAAACCGGUGUAAAAAAGGGGGUGUAUUCGGGUAUAGGUAGUGGUUUUAUGUGGCUUAUUAUCUACGCUACAUACGCGUUGGCCUUUUGGUACGGUGUGGGUUUGAUCUUGGAUAGCCGGCACGAAGAAGAACCGGUGUACACUCCAGCUGUUCUGAUGAUUAUCUUCUUCAGCGUCCUCCAAGGCGCGCAGAACGUGGGGCUGACGGCGCCGCACCUCGAGGCCAUCGCGAGCGCGCGCGCGUCGGCCGGCGCGAUCUUCGCCGUGCUCGAUCGGAAGCCCACUAUAGACAGCUUGUCGACUGAAGGCAGUAAACCUGUACUGGAGGGUGAUAUGGAGCUCAAGAACGUGUAUUUUAGAUAUCCAGCUCGACCUGACGUUCAGGUCUUAAACGGACUCAGUCUGAAGAUAAAUCGUAACGAGACGGUAGCACUUGUCGGUGCGAGUGGCAGCGGCAAGUCCACAGUACUGCAGCUCUUGCAAAGGAUGUAUGAUCCAGACUUGGGAUCCGUGACCGCAUCGGACAAUGACCUCAGAGAUAUCAAUGUGCGACACUACCGGGGUCACAUCGCAGUCGUUGGCCAGGAACCUGUUCUUUUUGCUGGAUCUAUUAAGGAGAAUAUACGUAUGAGCAAUCCUACCUGCACGGACGAAGAAAUCGUUAUAGCAUCAAAGCAAGCAUACUGUCAUGGCUUCAUCAGACAUUUACCUAAUGGAUAUGAUACCAUGAUUGGAGAAAGAGGCGCUCAACUAUCUGGUGGACAGAAACAGCGAAUCGCAAUAGCUAGAGCGUUGGUCCGGAAACCGAAAAUUCUCAUCCUCGACGAGGCCACUUCAGCUCUUGACUCGCAGAGUGAGGCAAAGGUUCAGAGAGCUUUAGAUGCAGCUGCGUAUGGAAGAACCACCAUCAUGGUCAGCCACAGAUUAGCAACGGUGCUAAAUGCGAAUCGGAUCGUUUUCAUUGAAAAGGGUGAAGUAGUAGAAGAAGGUACUCAUGAAGAACUUUUAAGUCUAAGAGGUCGAUACUAUCAAUUGGUACUGGAGAACGAGCCAAGCAUCGCACCUGAUGGAAACACGGGUGCCCCAAAAACUAACUUUGAUCCAACCACAGAUGCCAAAAUGAGAAGAUCGAAACUUCAAAAGAUGGUUUCCCUCGAUUCGAUGAAGAGUAAUUCAAUGGAGGAAGAGGAUUCAGGUUCUGAGGACAGCGUAGUUCUCGACGAAAAGGAGGAAAAAGAAUUCGAGCCGACAACAUGGCAAAUCUUGAAAUUAUGUGAACCGGAAAAACAUCUUAUGGCCAUAGGAAUUAUAGCGGCUAUUGCUGUGGGAUCUUCAUUUCCGUGUUUUGCUAUCCUCUUCGGUGAAACAUAUGGUUUAUUAGAAAGUAAGGAUGAAGACUAUGUUCGUGGUGGUACCAACAUCAUUGCCAUACUUUUCUUACUAGUAGGAGUGUACACUGGCAUCGGUAUUUUCUUCCAAAUCUUUGUUUUCAACAUCACAGGCGUGAGGCUCACGGCUAGACUGAGGGUAGCUGCAUUUCGAGCGAUGCUGCAACAGGAGAUUGGUUGGUUCGACAACCCUCUGAACGGCGUCGGAGCGCUCUGUGCGAGGCUCGCCUCUGACGCUGCAGCAGUACAAGGUGCCACUGGUACCCGAAUUGGUGCGCUCAUGCAAGCAUCAGCCACCAUCCUCAUCGGUAUUAUGGUGUCCAUGUACUACACAUGGCGCAUGACGCUAGUGUCCUUGAUAUCAGUGCCGAUGGUCAUAAUUGCGGUCGUGUUGGAAGGCCGAGUGCUAGCCGAGGGCAUCGCAACAAUACGAGAAGCAUCAAACAAAGCGACGACGAUAGCUACGGAGGCUAUCACCAAUAUUAGGACAGUGUCUGCGUUUUGCGGCGAGGAGGGCGCGCUGGCGCGGUACCGCGCGGCGGGCGGCGGCGCGCGGCGGGCGGCGCGCAGCAGCCUGCGCUGGCGCGGCGCCGUGUUCGCCUUCGGGCAGACGGCGCCCGUGGCGGGCUACGCGCUGUCGCUGUGGUACGGCGGCGUGCUGGUGGCCGACCAGCAGGUGCCCUACAAGGACGUCAUCAAAGUGUCAGAAGCGCUGAUAUUCGGCGCGUGGAUGAUGGGGCAGGCGCUGGCGUUCGCGCCGAACUUCGGCGCCGCCGUGCUGGCGGCCGGGCGCGUCAUGACGCUGCUCGCGCGCCGCCCGCUCGUCGAGAGCACGCACGCGCCCUCCGUGCCCGACGCCUACGUAGCAGAUGGCAAAAUCCAUUACAAGAACAUAAAUUUCCGCUACCCGACGCGGCGCGAGGUGCAAGUCCUGCGCGGCCUCUCCCUGCUCAUUCCGUGUGGGAAGCGCGUGGCGCUCGUCGGGCCCAGCGGCUGCGGGAAGUCUACCCUCAUACAGCUCCUGCAAAGAUUAUACGACCCGGACGACGGUCAUGUGUAUUUAGACGACCACAGUAUCGUCGGCGACAUGCGGCUGACGACCCUCCGUCGCAACCUCAGCAUCGUGUCGCAGGAGCCGGUGCUGUUCGACCGCACCAUCGCCGAGAACAUCGCCUACGGAGACAACACCAGGAACGUUCCGAUUGAGGAGAUCGUCAUCGCCGCGAAGGCCGCCAACGUGCACUCGUUCAUCGCCGCCUUGCCCGAUGGCUACUCGACGCGCAUCGGGCAGCGCGCGUCGCAGCUGUCGGGCGGGCAGAAGCAGCGCAUCGCCAUCGCGCGCGCGCUCGUGCGCGACCCGCGCGUGCUGCUGCUGGACGAGGCCACCUCCGCGCUCGACACGCACAGCGAGCGGGUGGUCCAAGAAGCCUUGGACAGAGCGAGUGAAGGCAGGACAUGCCUCAUUAUCGCCCAUCGCCUCGCGACCAUACAGAACGCAGACGUCAUCUGCGUCAUAGACCAGGGUGUGGUCGCGGAAAUGGGCACCCACAAGGAACUUAUCGCUCUGAAGAAAAUAUAUGCAAGAUUAUACGAGUUACAAUGCGGCUUCGUUGAGGAGAGUGAGGAAAAUUUGGAAAACGAAGAAAAUGCUUAAGCUUACACACCAAAUGAACUCCUUAAUGCUGACUUAAACUAUAACAAAAGAUAAACUUCGCUGCGGACUAAUUGUCAAACAAAUCAACCAUUGUAUUCAAACUAAACCUUCUGAACUAAAUAAUUUGACUUUAAUCUGAACGAUCAAGCUGAACUAGCAAGCGAUGAUGCAAUAGGGCACUGAAAGUCGUGUUUAGUCAAUUAAUUUAACUGAAUUCGCCGAGCGUUUUGCAAACUUAAGGAGAGGUAAGUUAUACAUUUGAAUUGUGUACGACAGAAUAUAUUGAAUAACCUGCUAUUACCCGCCCUCUUUGCUGGGUAGUAAAUUAAAAAAAAAAGUGUCACAAUCGACGAAAUGCAACGGACAUUAAUUUAAUCUAGGGACGAUUCAACGUCGAUUGAUCAUAGCCUGAUAACAAUUUUAUUUUAUAUAUUUAUUUUACAUAUAAAUAAAGUAUACUUUAUAUAUGUAUACUUUGUAUAUUGUGGCUGGUGUUUGACAAUUAAUCUGCCGGUUUGAUUGUAAUGCCUCUAUUAAGUAAGUAAGAUUGGAUUUAGAAGAGGACGAUGAUAAAGUUACUGCCUUCAAAAUCAUGAGAUUUUGAUAUUUUUAUUGAAAAAGUCAAUAAUUAUAUUUAUCAAUAUUAAUUCUUGCACUGUAAAUAAGAAAAUAAUAAGCUUACUUUUAAAAAGUGCAACAUUCAAAUUAAAUGCUGGCAGACUUUAAAGUGACCUUUGCCUCAAUUUUAAAAUAUGUAAAUAACGUUCUGAAAUUAGUUUUUUAAAUAUGGAACCUUCUUCGUUGCUUCAUGUCAUCCAUUUUUAAUUUUAGGCAUGUAUGUACCUAAGUGUAAAACAAUAUUGUAAAAAGUUAUUCGAAUAAAUAAAAUAAGUUAGUCGAAUAAUUAAAAUAAAAUAAAUUGUUAUAAGUGUAUAGUGUAGUUAGACUUCAAUAAUUACGUGAUUUGUUUUUCUAGUCACUUUCUUAAUAUUAGUAAUUAUUUAGCUCUUAGAAAACAUUUUAAUAUAAUAAAUAUAAAUUUUAUUGAUUUACCAAAAUUUUAACAAUAAUUUCGUUCAAUUAAUUGGCGUGACAAACAUAAUGUACAAAAAUUGCCUUAAAAUAUAUAUUGUAAGAAAUAAUCCUCUAAAAUUCCGUUGCUUAUCUGUGUAUUGUAUAAUACUAACUAUGCAUACCAGUGUUGCAGAACUAUCGAUAGUAUCGAUAGCUCUCUGUAAGCAAUACUAUUGGUAGCAGCUAUACUAUUGAUACUAUCGAUAGUAUCGAUAGUUUAGGUUAAAAGUAAUACUAUCGAUAGUAUUGCUCAUGGGGAGCUAUUGAUACUAUCGGUACAAUCGAUACUAUAUUCUAUCGAUAUACUAUUGAUACGUGACAAUACUAUCGAUAGACUAUCGAUACUAUCGAUACGUAACAAUACUAUCGAUAGACUAUCUAUACUAUCUCCUUACUAUCGAUAGUGGGCUAUCGAUAUGCAACACUAAUGCAUACAUUUUAUAUAAAUCCAUAUAUUUACAAAUAACUUAUUUUAAAAUGUUUAUAUCGUUGAAAAAAAUGUUAUUAAGUUCUUAAAUAAUAAUUUAAGGUUUAUAGGUAGCUCACAUGAUUUACUUACAACUCUAAUAAACUUCUAUAGUUAAUACUAAACAUUCCCUCCAACAUUUCUCGAACCUACAAUCCUUCACAUUCCUUUAGUAAAAGACGUUACCCUUAAGUGAAAUUUAAAAGACAUUAAUUUAAAAAGUAUUUUUUGUAUUAUAUCCAAAGAAAUGUCACGAUCGUGUGUGAUUAAAAAAUGCAAAUUUUUGUCGUUACUUUGUUGAUCAACAUUUAACCUUAAAGCCCAGAAUAAAUUCCAUUUUCCCGCUUUUAUGAUUAGGUACAAUGUUAUUACCUCCACAUUUACGCGCGAUCGCGAAACAUGAGAGUAAAUGUAGAACAAGAACAGAUUCACGUAGUCUUCGCGGCUCCUGCACGUCAAUCGCAUCCUUUUCCCAUAUUUUUGUCAGUUUUUUUUGCUCUGUGAGUAAGGACGCACAAACAUUAAAUAUAUUAAUGUGUCUUUCUGAACAAUACACUAGAACUUUUGGGAGAACAGAACAGUGCAGGACCGGAUUUAGAAGUCUGGCCCGGGGCCACAAAGGAGUGGAGGCCAAAGGCAACAGGAGUCUAGUUAUUUGUAAUUCAAAUUAGUUUGUAAAAUAAUAAUUAGUCUCUAAUUCUUAUUUUACAAACUAAUUUGAACAAUUUCCUUUCUAUCAGUAAAGAUUGUCAAAAAUGUAUUUACUCUUUGUAUCAGUACCUAUCAUUUAAAACGGUAAUUAGUAAUAUUAUUAUAAUUUGAUUAAAUCCAAAUACCUAAACAUUAUAUUAAAUUAAAAGUGUUAAAUCGUCGGAACCUCUAUUGUGGUGGCAACUCUCUUGUGGAGGUCCCACAGCCCUGCCUUAAAUCCGGCCCUGGAACUGUGUGUAGCGUGAUUCGAGCCGGGAAUGUCCUUUAGAACUUAUAUCUGAAGUUUUAAA